CUCAGCUCCCUGGCGUCGCACGUGUUUUGUCUCCCAGACGUUGGUGGAUUAUGUGAAGUUAACAUCUUCUCUUUCUGACGUUCAACGCUUUCAGAGGACGCUUUUUUUUAAGGGGGAAAAAUUUGAUCUGAACUUUGUUGAGAAGAUGGAUAACCAGGAGGAAUCAAAGAGUAGUUCGGUCAGUGUCCUCAGCUGGGAGCAGGUGAGCCGGCUCAACGAGGUCCUGACGGAGGUGGUGCCCGUUCACGGACGGGGGAACUUCCCCACCUUGCAGGUGCGGCUGAAGGACAUCGUGUACCGGGUGCGAUCCCGCCUGGAGCUCAGCGGCAUCAGGGUCAAGGACGUCCGGCUCAACGGCUCCACGGCCAGCCACGUGCUGGUGAAGGACGUUGGCUGGAGCUACAAGGACCUGGACGUCAUCUUCAGGGUGGACCUGCCGCACGAGGCCGAGUUCCGGCUCAUCAAAGACAUGGUGCUGGGCACCCUGCUGGACUUCCUGCCCGAGGGUGUGAACAAGGAGAAGAUCACGCCCAUGACCCUCAGAGAGGCGUACGUCCAGAAGCUGGUGAAGGUGAACACGGAGCAGGACCGCUGGAGCCUCAUCUCGCUCUCCAACAACAACGGCCGCAACGUGGAGCUGAAGUUCGUGGACUCGAUACGCCGGCAGUUUGAGUUCAGUGUGGACUCCUUUCAGAUCGUGCUGGACUCCAUGCUCUCGUACUACGAGCUGGCGCAGACGCCGAUGUCGCCGGCGUUUCACCCGACGGUGAGCGGUGAGAGCGUGUACGGGGACUACGCCGCGGCGCUGAGCCACCUGAGCAACAAGCUCAUCGCCACCAAGCGGCCCGAGGAGAUCCGCGGCGGCGGCCUGCUCAAGUACUGCAACCUGCUGGUGCGGGACUUUCGGCCCGCCAGCGAGGAGGAGUUCAAGGCCCUGGAGCGCUACAUGUGCUCACGCUUCUUCAUCGACUUCCCCGACAUCGGCGAGCAGCAGCGCAAGGUGGAGGCCUACCUCCAGAGCCACUUCGUGGGCGAGGAGAAGAGCAAGUACGACUACCUCAUGAUCCUGCGGCGCGUGGUCAACGAGAGCACGGUGUGCCUGAUGGGCCACGAGCGGCGGCAGACGCUCCACCUCAUCUCGCUGAUGGCGUUCCGGGUGCUGGCGGAGCAGAACGCCAUCCCGGACGCGUCCUGCGUCACCUGCUACUAUCAGCCGGCGCCGUACGUCCGAGACCACAACUUCAGCAACUACUACGUGGCCAACCAGAACAUUCCAACAUGGCUGCCAUGUAACUGACGCAUAUAAGAAAACAAGUGGAAGUGCUGCUGCUUUGGAGAAGAGAGGAGUAGUUACAAAAAUACUUCUUCCCCCCCCCCCCCCCACUGAAAAAAUAUAUAUUAUUGAGGCAAUAAAUACUUUGUUCCUCUCAAGGCACAAUUAUAUUCAAGUGGACAAGUGUUUUGCUUUUGGAACCCUUUCUUAUUCCUCAUCUACAGAGUUCUUUAGCUCAUUGAAUAGGAAGUGAGAUUUUUAAGUGUUUACUUUUUUUUUUUUUUUUUUUUUUCUCUCAUCAUGUUUGAUUGUUUCCCUGUUUAACGGAGUUUUGUGCCUUAACCUCCAGGUGUUACCCCCCCCCAAUGAGUUAAUUAUGGGCUAUAUUUUGCAACAAAAAAAUGGGAAAAGUAACCUGUUAUAUAGCCUUACAUUUGGUUUCCCCCUGUGAUUAUUAAAAAAAAAAAAAAAGAUAAAAAUGUAAAAAGGCAGAAAAAAAGUGUAAAAUAUUGAAAAAUGGUAUUAUUGGGGAAAAGGGUAAUGUAUUUAAAAAAAAAAAAAAAAAAAAAGCACAAAUGUUUAAAAUAUUGUUCUCGGGGGGGGGGGGGGGUGGCACAUUAAUGAUCAGACUAUAAAGGAGGGAACACUAGAGUCACUUUGUUUUAAUUCAUCUUGACACGCGUGUGGUCUCCUUAAAGAUGCCUUCAGUGCCUGAGAUUUGUAAAACAUGCAAGAAAAAUAACGUGCGUAUUUUUAUUUUCCCACUGUGAACGUCGGUGUAGGACGACCCGGUUUACUCAGCCCUGUACUGUUCAGCGGAGCUGUGCAGUGAGACAGUUUAGCCCUCCGAGAGUGCUGAGACCUGUUGAGAUGCCGCGCUGUUGGCCUGCAGCGAGAGAGCCGGCUUUUUGGGAGAGUCCUGGAAGUGACUGACCCCUUAAAAGGAGCAGCACGUGGCGGACCCUGCCCGCCAGGGUCAUUCCUAACCCCCCCCCC